UCAGGGAACCGCCUGUUCUGCCUGCUGUAGUUCAUUUUUGAAGUGCACACUCGUGUGUUUCACCAAUACACUAGAUGCAUCGUUACCAGGCUCACAGACAGCUCUCUUACUGUUUUUAUAUCUUAUUUAUUUAUUUAUUUAUUUAUUUAUUUAUGGUGUAGAGGAUUGAACCCAGGGCCUUGUGUAAGAUAGGCAAGUACUCUGUCACUGAGCUAUACCUCUACCCAAUAGCCCUUUUAUUAAAUACACUCUUUAUGGCUACCCAAGGUAGCCCUCUGUUCUUAAGACCUUUGGGUACCAAGCUAGAUGUCCCCUGGUACUACUCCACUUUUCACCAGCCCCAGGGACACUUCUGUCCCUUUGCCUGGGACCCCGUAGCUCAUUUAGGGUAGCUGACCUAGGACAUCUAGGCUUAAAGACAGCAGGAGUCUCUUACGAGGUGAGGUUCUGGACACUUGCAUGCGGGAGGCAGGACUCUGGCUGUAGAAACCGGGUCUAUAGAGGUUCUGGGUUAGGUGGCUGAGGUUUUCAUACAAAGUCAUACUCUUGAGUGUGUCUCAAAACAUCUGUGCAGGAAUUUUCACGUCCAUGGUGACAUCGGAGUCCUGGGUUGACAGCCGUGGAUCCACGGGCUAGAGGAAGAUACGUACUCCCCCGCCAAAGAUAGUCGCAAGGGGUAGCAGAGUCGUGAGGGGAAGGCUGAGGGGUCGCUGUGAGGCAGCGGCAUUGCAUAGAUUCUGCUCACAGCACUGGUGCCGGAGAGCGUAGGACCGUGACCAGUAGGUCGUAUGGCCCAGCAGAGGGCACUGGGCUCUUGGGAGGCAGCCUUUCCGCUCGAUGACCUCAUUUUGCUCUGUGGGACAAAAGAGGAACGCUGAGGUUCGGGCGGCAGGAACGGGCAGAAAAAAGAGAGGUGAAGAGCCACCUCAAGAAGGGCCAUCGGACCAGAGUCCUACCUGAGGUGCCAACACUGACACCACACACCUCGUCCUCCCCACACUCCGUGGGAACAGGGUAGCAGGGCUUGGCAAAGCUGCAGGUGUAGCAGUGGAGCCGUCCUCUGGUUGGGGAAGUGGUGAGACCUGUUGGGUCAGCAGAGAUCAAGGCAGGAAGGAGAAGGACACCGCAUGCGGUGCUAUGACUGCGGUGGAGGCCCCAGCAACUCCUGCAAGCAGACAGUGAUCACCUGCGGUGAGGGUGAGCGCUGCGGCUUCCUGGACCGCAAACCUCAACCCAGCUCGGAACAAGUCAAGCAAUCCUCUGUGACCUUGAGCCAUCACUACCCAGCCUGCGUGGCCACGCACCAUUGCAAUCAAGUGGCCAUAGAGUCAGUGGGAGACGUGACUUUCACAACCCAGAAAAACUGCUGCUUCGGAGAUCUCUGCAACGGCGCCGUGGCAAGCUCCGUGACCCCGUUGUGCAUCUUGGCUGCAGUCGUUACCACCCUGGCCUGGCUCUUGCCAGGACUGUAGAGCGGGAGAGUAGGACUGAGGGCAGGGAAGGGAUUGAGGGAUCAAGGGAGUGAGGGAGCUGGGCAUCCAAGGUAAGAAGACAAGCACUCCGUUGUGUGCCUUUAAAACUGAUGGACUAUUCUAGAGACUAUUUGUAAAAUUAUUUGUUUUUUAUUCUUUGAGUUGAGGUGCUGGGAUUAAAGGCGUUAGCCACCACUACUCGGA